ACCAACAGUUGCGUCUUAAGAAAUCAGUCCGGUAGAGAUAAUGGUAGGACAUUUAUGAUAUUUCCUAAUACUUUUAGACUAUUGAUCACUGAAAUUGUAUUAUGCCAAGCUAACACUACAGGGAUUUUGACUUGAUUCUGAUGUAGACUUCUCUUAGACAUAUAGAAUGGCUAAUGGUUAUUCACAUUUGCUGAAAUUAAAUUGACAGCACCUAGUUUAUUCUGAAAAAUCGGAAAGUUCCUCUUAUCAGAAAGGUCAACGAUGUGAUUAUUUCAAAUUCCAUCAGUCUGGACAUUGUCAAAGGAGCCAGGUUAAUUCUUUAUAUUGAUGGCUCUGACUCACGUUAGAUUGAAGAUUGAAACUAUACAUUUUAAUCCUCUAGAAAUAUUGCGGGUAAUUAUCUGUCAUCAUACCUAUAAAACCAGCCAUGUGUGAAAUUUACUACGCAGGGUUUAAAUCAAGAAUGGCAAUUAAAAGACAGCUCUAAAUUUAAAAAAAUGAAAAUCUUGUGGUGUUAGUUUGGCACAUGAGGAUAAAAGCAUUAUAUUGUUUAUGUGAAUAUUAUUAUAAUCAAGAAAUAUGUAAAUAUUUAGGAUUAUAGGACAUGAUGUAUACAUUGAAUUACACACUGUAUCUCGUCUAGUGCCUAGGCCAGCCAUUUGAACAUGUUAUAGCUAGAUAUCUAUUACAGAUAUCUGUGAUUCAAUACUUCGUGGUAAAAACAAUUUCAGGAUAACAAAAUGACCUUCUUCUGAUAACAAUUUAUAUUUCAGAUAUCCCAAAUGUCAUCCUUCCUAAGAAAAAUUAGGAAGGAUAUCUGAAAUAUCUGAAAUUAAAAUUAGGAUCAGAGUGGACUUUUAAAACGGCUUACGUGCCAUCCAUUUAUACUCUUGGAAAGGAAUGCUCAAAACGAUUUUACUCUUUUGACCUACCUAUAGAAUACAAAACCGCAAGUCAACAUUACAAUAACUGAUGAAAAAUGCUUUUCCAUUUUUCUUUUCAGGGUAUCUUUCAAAUAGUGGUUAUUCUAUUACUGAGCCAACUCCCUUCAUUGAGAGGAAGAAUCCCCCUGUUUUUUCCAUGUGACAAUAAUGAAAACGAUACUGAGAUAUACUGCACUGACAGGCCCCUCGAUGACAUCCCUGUUUUCACUUCAAUGAAUGUAACGUUUGUUGACCUAAGUCACACCAAGAUACUGGAAGUAGGACAGCAUAAAUUCUCUGGCAUUCCAAAUCUAAUCACUCUGAAAAUGACGUGGAAUUGUGAUCCCAAUAGCAUUCGAAACAUAAACAGCCCCUCCUGUGGAGUCAGAAUACACAAGGAUGCCUUCAGGAGUCUGAACAACCUCACUUAUUUAUAUCUGUCAGGAAACAGCCUUACCACGUUACCCUGGUUACCGGAAAGCAUUAAGGUCCUGGAUCUCGAGAGUAACUGCAUUUUCAAAAUCAUCAUCCCUUUUGGAACCCCACAUCUAGAGCAGCUCUUACUCUCAAUGAACUGUUAUAAUGAAAACCCUUGCCACCAGUCAUUUUACAUCCAUGAGGACGUUUACAAGGAGCUAUCACAUCUAAAAGUUCUAUACCUUGGAUACAACAAUUUGACAUCAAUACCACUAGGUUUGCCAGCUUCCCUUAUGAAAUUGGACUUGCAAGAAAAUACAAUAAGUGAAGUUCCAGAAGGGGCAUUUGCUAAUUUUCCUAUCCUGGAGGAACUAAAUCUGGCAUGGAAUUGUCAGCGUUGUGACCAUGCAGCCCGCCCUUGUUUUCCCUGCCCUAACAAUGCCUCCCUAAAGCUUCACCCUAAUUCAUUCAAUACGAAAAACAGCUCCAUUAAUUUUCUGAGCUUGAGGGGAAACUCUUUGAACAAUAUAUCAGAGGGUAUUUUUCUCCCUUUGACACAUCUGAAGAGUUUGGAUCUCUCCAGCAACUACCUGGCCUACACCAUCCGUAAUGGUACCUUCUUUACAGAGCUAAAGCAGUUGACAUGGAUCAGCCUAAACUAUAACUCUUAUCCAUCCAAGACAUUUCCUGAACUGAUCCUUUCAGAACAUCUGGGAAAUGUCUCAAAUCUCAAAACCCUUCUGUUAAGCGGGAACUUUUUCAACACUGUUUCAGAACAAAGCCUUGUGGUUCUGUCCAGACUCAAACAACUUAAGAUUCUGGUGAUGCGCAUGAAUUUCAUCAAAUGUUUCAACAUGAGCACUGUGGGUAUGUUAAAUUCCCUCAAAAAAAUGGAUAUCUCCCAGAACAAACUGAGUUAUCUCCCAUAUAAUGUGUCAUUUGGGUCCUGUUUAGAACAAGGCUCACAGGGUCAAAAUGUUUUCAAAGACUUUUCAGAAUUACCAAUGCCACCAAUAUCAGUACAAAUUAAUCAAACUAUGAUUGAAAGCAACACCUGUAGAACUACCAAUACAAUAUUGGAAAUGUGGUAUUUCAGAAAGAAAUUCUGCCAAAAAAAGUUGACAUUUGAUCUUUCACAAAAUAAUCUUAUUUUCCUUCAUAAAGACUUUUUCUAUGGUAUGGAAAAUGUUGUGUGCUUGAACCUGACUUACAAUUAUGCAAACCAGGUGUUAAGAGGUAGACUUUUCGAUCAAUUGAAAAGCUUAGCUUACUUAGAUAUGUCAUACAAUAGAAUUGACCUAUAUUAUAGGGAUGUAUUCAGUGAGUUGAACAGGACUUUGAAGGUACUGGACCUCAGUCAAAAUGAGUAUAUAUUUCGUAUGAAGGGAAUGGCUCAUAAUCUUGAGUUUAUUGACAGGCUCACUAAUUUGGAGGUUUUAAAUCUUGCAAAUAAUGGCAUGGGUCAGCAAAUUACUCCGCACCUGAGCAGCAACUCCGUGAAGUAUUUGUACUUUUCUGGGAAUCGCCUAGAUUUAAUGUGGAAUACAGAGGGCCAGACCUACAUUCAUUUCUUCCAGAACCUGAAGAAUUUAAUCUACUUGGACAUCUCUCAGAACCGCCUGCGUUCAAUCGAAAACCGGAUCCUCUGUAAUCUACCAAAGAGCAUUCAGGCUAUCAGCAUUAGCAAUAAUUACCUUUCUUAUUUUCCAUGGCUGAACCUCACAUGUCUUGGAAAUCUUAGCCAUCUAAAUCUUACUGGAAAUCAACUUUCAUCUCUGCCUAACAGUGUGACAGAGUUUCCACCAGAUUUUUCUGUCUUGGACCUCAGUAACAAUCAGAUAAGCAAUCUUUCUGAUAAUUUCUUCAGUCAAGCCAAAGCUUUGCAGUGUCUCUAUCUCAAUGACAACUUUCUCAAAGUGCUGAACCGUCAGUCAAUCCCAUUCCAGCUGAAAAAUGGCACUUCUGUUCAGUUGCUUACCCUACAUAAUAACCCUUUCAGCUGUGAAUGCUACAAUUCAGAAUUGGAGGAAUUCCUGCGGACCAGCAACACACGUAUUCCUUACCUGACCACUGCUGUUCAAUGUGGAUUCCCAGAGUCCCUUCAGGGUCAAAGUGUGCUGACAGUCGACCAGCGUUCCUGUCAGGAGAUCUAUGGUGGCUUGGCCUUCUUCUUAAGUACACUCUUCACAUGUGCAUUUAUUGCUCUGCCAUUGUUAAGACAUCUUUAUGGCUGGGAUGUGUGGUACUGCCUGCAGAUCCUAUGGGCAGGAUGUAAGGGCUACCUGCAUCCUUCUGCCAGUUGCUCGCCAAAACACUAUGAUGCUUUUGUGGUGUUUGACACAAGCAACCAGGCUGUGAGAGACUGGGUUUACAAUGAGUUGGUUAUCCGUUUGGAGAGAUCUGGCUACAGAAGAUUCUCACUCUGUUUAGAGGAGAGGGACUGGAUUCCUGGGCUUUCCUGCAUUGAAAACCUCCACAAUGCUGUCCAUAGCAGCGAGAAGACAGUGUUUGUUCUGUCCAAUGGCACAAGAAAUGGCGUUGGGGAAGCAACAGUCAACGGUGUGAUACAGCAGACUUUUUUCAUGGUUCAACAGCGGCUUCUUGAUGAGAAGGUGGAUGUAGCCGUUCUCAUACUGCUGGACAAGAUGUUUCCAAAGCUGAAGUACCUCCAACUAAGGACGAGGUUGUGCAAGAAGUCAGUGAUGUCCUGGCCUAGAAAUCCACAGGCCCAACCCCUAUUCUGGAACCAAAUGAGGACAGCACUGUCGUCAGACAAUCUUAAAUUAUAUGACAGCAACAUUAGUGAAAGUUUCAUAUAAACUCUACUCGUUAUACAAAGUAACAAAGUUACAACUAUUUUCUCUCUGAAAAUGUGUUUAAAUAGGCCAAAUUACUUUUCAAUUAAGACCACCGCUGUUUAACAAUUGAUGCGAACCUUGUGUGUUGUUAAAUAUAGCCUAAACCUGACCCUAAAUCUUAUAUAGUUUACAUAAUCCUAAACUAGAGACAAGUUUCACUUGUCUCUAGUUUAACACACCAACAUCUAGUGUUUCUCAAAAAUGUGAUGAAAUGCGCGUGUAUAUAUAGGCUGAAUAACUUUUCAAUGUAGAACACAUCCUUUUACAUAAUUUGUGUUCAAUUUGAGAUUAGGGUUCCUGUCAAUGAUCAUUUGCAUCCCUGAUUAUGUAGCGUUUUAAUGUAAAAACACAUAACCAAUGUUGGACAAUGUACUGCCAUUAGAUUAAUCAAACCAUCAUGAAACUCACAUGUUUACAAUUAAACAAUUACAAUUUUGACAGGUAUUCGUGUGCUGAUCUAGAGAAGGGAUGAAGGCCCACUGCUGUACUAAUUUGGGAAUAUGAAAUGAAUCAAGAAUAUGGCUACAUUUUUGGGGGACAUUUUCUGUUAAGACACUUUAUUGGGUCUAAAGAUGUAUGCAUACUUUGGAUUUGUAUUUUUAAUCACAUUUUUUAAAUAAAGUGAUUUUUAAUUUGGGUUAGCACUUCAAUCUGCUUGUAGAUAUGGCAAAGAGUAACCAUGAUAUACUUUUUGAUUCAUGUUUCCCUAUCCUUUUUGCAUUUUCUUUUGGUAACUUUUUGUUAAACAAUCAUGAAUCUCAAAUUUAUAUCAGCUGCUGUUGUGAGUUUGGUGGAAAAAGUGUUAAUAUCUAAUAGCCAAACCCGGUGAGGCAGUCCUCAUUCUGUGAUUGUGGCUGAGUGGCUUACAUUUACAUUUAGGACAUUUAGCCGACACUAUUAUCCAUAGCGGCUUACAAUGUUCUUACUUAGUAUGUACAUUUGUCAGAAGAAAGAGGAACAACAAUAUAUUGCCCUCUUUACAGUAAAGAUGUUCAUAGAAACAAGUGACAAGCACUUACAAUUGUUGUGAAUCCAUCCCCCGUACACAACAAAGAUAGCUUGGAUAAGAUGCUACACAAUUCUUAGUGCUAUUUUAAAGUGUAAUAUAAUACUUAUACUUUAACAUACUUUAACAAAUUACGAGAGGUCGAGAAGGACUAGGAUUAAACUAUCAAGGCUUUAUUGCCACCGCACAGAGGAACUACAUCACCUGAAAUGGUUUGCAAAGAACUCGGAGACAGACUCUGAGCUCCGAUUUAUAUCCUAAGUGUGUGGCCGCCCCCAAGAUGUCCUUGGCCAAUCACAAUGCUAUAAACUACGGGCCUGCCCCGUUCACCAUUAGCAUUCAUGUCCCGCCCACAAUGUCUAAAAUACAUUCCAUACAUUCCAUUCAAGCAUUACGUACAGAAGGAUAACAUAAUUAUUAAACAUUAGUUACUUGAAGUUACAUGUUAUGCAUAAUGCAUUAGUUAUAUGAAGUGAGGUCUUUUAUUAAAAUCCAUUCAUGGCCUGUGUUAUUAACCUGAUCUUAAAUCACCAUGACUUGCCAGUUGCCACAUGGGAUCAAGAGAGGAGCCCUGUGAAAGCAAUAUUCAUUUAAACAGUAAAAUAUGCAUUUGUAAUAGUUAACAAUGCCACUUUAUUUGUCUGUGGCAUACACAGUCAUAAUCCUAAAGCUGGUAGUGUCUGUAUUUUAACCGUGGUACCGAUUAGUUAACCUAACUCCAACUUUGAGCCUACAGAAUAAACAUUCUAAAACCACAGACGAGAAACCAUAGGAGGGCGUUUCCUCUCACCGUGACGUGGGCCAGCCGUCUUUGAGGGGCCGCUCAAAAUGAAGGGGCUGGAGGUAUAUCUUUUGCAACACGUGAAUGCGGAACACAUGGAAAUGUACCUCAGGAUGCAAAUACUUGUUGACCAAGGAAAGCCAGGUAAUAUCAAGUGUUUAACAUUUGGCUCCAUUGUAAAUAUAUUUACCUUAUAUUCUUGUAUAAUUCAUGCUUUACGUUAACCUUACUUUUACUUGUAUCUAAGUGAACUGAGAGAUAGACUGAUGACAUUGGCUACAGAGGGAUGUCUGUCAGAUCCUCUGAGCUGUUGAAUAACAAUGGAACAAGGUCUGUAGCCGGUCUGGAGCCUGUCCCACUAAUUAUGUAUCAAGAUUUGUCCAAUAUCCUUUUACACCUUCAUUAUUUUCUACUA